AUGGUCGGAUCAAUAUCCAACGUAAUCAAUAACAUUGGUGAGAAGCGGUUGGCAGCUCAUCUUGGCUAUCCUGACCCAGUCAAAAAACAGCCCAAGUCUGUGAGGACUAAGUCGAUGGUCAAGAAAGUCCGUGAUAUGAAGUCGGCAGCGGCCGUCGAACCUCUUUACCGAGAGAGGGCAGAGAGUUUCUCACCUGAAUUCAUGAUCGUCGUUGCUGUGAGCUACAGAGGCAAUCUGGAUCUCCGAAAGAUAGACAAAAAGGCCAGCAGCCACUUCUCUAAGUCGACUGUGGAUUUCCUGGGAAGAUUGGAGAAAGAAACAGGAAUCGCCACCAUUCCUCCCACUCAUAUCCCUGUGAAGUCACCUGACUGUGCCCCGAUGGAUUUCUGCGUGUUUGGAGUCCGCAAAGAGCGCCUCGCUCGUCGUACGGUGUCAACUGCGGUCGAUCUAUGGAAAUCUUGCAAGGAGGAAUGGAAAAAACUUCCUCUCUCCGCGAUCCGACGAGCCCUUCAAUGGAAAUACCGAGGGCAACGAGACCGAAACAAUGAGAAGCAGCUAGGAGACGAAACCAAUCGGCGCGUUUGGUAUUUUGACUGUAUCGAUAUAAGCAAAGUUCACAAUGGCUGGAUCGAAGUGCGCUUGGAGGGACUUCUUCCGCCCUGCACAUCUAAGACCCAUUCAUCUGUCAUCAUCCUCACCAUGCUUGAGUCUUCCGAAGUCGAACUCACCCUCUUCCAAGAGGGAUUGAGGAAUUCAUCGAGAUCUAAUCGAUACCAACAGGACCUAAGCAUUCUAGUCGUGCGAACCACCACCGAGCGAUCGGACCAGCCCGUUUUCGGGAGUUACGUGACUCACGGCGGGGGACACGUACUCGAGGGGAUCACGGCGUAUUGCCUGGCGAAAGGCUCGGGGGGUCAGGAGCACUGCUAUCUUUUAGCUGUCGGGCUCUUGACCCAGGUUCACUACACGCUAACGCGCUUAUCGAAGCCGCAGCAGAGCUGCUCUCCUCUCGACUUCUGCCAACUGAGGCAAGGGGGGAACGUGGUGAUGGUGCUGACCCAGCUGGAGGGGAGCGGUGGUUACAGAAUCUCCUAUCAAAUGUCUUACUGCAUGAUGCCAGGCGCAGGACUCCGUGACAGGAGGUUCCCGAGUGCGAACCACCAUCCACCCCUGACACAUUCCGUGUCCGGCCUGCACACACCUCGACCUAUCUGA